AUGUCACGGUUCUUUGAGCUGCAGAGAAGCGUAGAUUGGCGAUUAUCAGCAGGAGCAACAGGGGCAGCAGGAGCAACAGGAGCAGCAGAGGCAACAGGAGCAGCGGGAGCAGCAAGGACCGUAGAAGGAGUCGGAAUGAUUGGCGUUGGGUUGGAACCAUGUGUGGCUGCUACAAUCAUGCGUGACUGGGACAACCUGUGUCAGCCGGCUGUUCUCCUUCAGUCAGCCGUCAUCGGCGACAAACUCCAGCUUGCGGUAGUCUUCCCCAAGGAAAAGCGAGGCCGCCAGCGUAUCAUCAAGUAUGUUCACCUGAGCAAGCAUAGCGACCAGGCAGUCUGCCCGGUUCACGCCUUCACCAUCUAUCGUGCGCGCACCAUGGCUGCAGAUGUCCCGAUCCCGCACCCCAAAGAUGAUAAGCAGUUUAUCACUCCACUGUUCCGUCAUUCCAACAACCCAGCCAAGCCUUUGUGUUCCACUACGAUCUCGGUCUACAUGAACACGAUCUCGCGUCUUUUUGUCCCUAAGGGCGUCAGGCCACCCAAGCUUCGCGCCCUCGGUUCCACCCUCGCCGCCAUGGCCGGUGUCCCUAUUCCUGACAUCAUGGUUCAAGGCAAUUGGUCUUCCCCUAGGAUCUUCGAGAAGCACUACCGUCUCUCCAGUGUCAUCUCGAACAAUCUGUCUGUUUCCACGUUGGGGAUCCCUCUGGAGCCACAUAUGGACAUAGCACCGUAG